AGGCAACAACUACACUGUGCCAGUUUCCAAUGUGAGGAAAAUAUAGACUUAACAUUUUAAUAAAAUGGAAAGUACGAUACAUCAAAUUCUAUCCAGCCAAAAUCAUUUAAAACCUCUAGCAGACACAAUGCUUUACAGGGGGUCUAGCAAAUGACCAGGUCUAUUUUGCGGACUAAGGGGUAAGACGGUGGGCAUUUCCUUUCCUAAUAUCUAUUACUCUGUCUGCAGGUUCCAAGCUUAGAGACUAUAUUUACGUAUCAUACCAUUAUAUCCUGUUUGUUUUGCUGUUUCUAUAAACUAUCGGGCCAGAGAGAGGGACUUGAGCUGCAGGACAGGUCCAUAAUCAAAAAAGCAUAAUAUGAGCUUUUCUGAAGAUUACGAUGGCUCACGCCAGGACAGACGCACAUGCUGGGGAAAGUAGCUGUGCUGGUGGUCUGGAGCUAUGGCAAAUGAAAUGUAUCUGGAGGAAAUCAAGGCUGGACAAAAAAAUACACAACAUCUUAGGUGCUCCUUGUGCAUUCCUGAAUAGGUUCUGCUUUAGUGUAUCAACAGAAUAGUGGGUUGAGUGCAGUUUAGCCCACCUGCCAUGAAUUAUAUUGCUGCAGAACAAUAUAUUUCAUUCCCAAAUGAUUUCUAAUGAACAAUUACACACUUCAUUAAACAUUGGUUACUUUUCAGUAUUUCUGAGAACUUUCAGUCAUUUAAUGUCAUUGUAAUUUAUUUCCUAGCACCAGUAAAAUUGGGAGGAUUAUUUAUUACAAGGUCCCCUACCUUCUUGAUUUGACAUGUUUUUAUUUUUGCCGUUUUUGAUGGACACAUCCGUUUUGGAAAAGUGUUCUGUUUCCCCACAUGAGCACUGUCAAGACCAUUGAGUGUUGCAAUGAUUUUAAAUAAUUGAUUUCUAUGUUUAACCAAACACGUUCAGGUUUAGUGUUACAGUAUAUAAAUACAAUCCUGAGUGAACCAUAGAUGUUAGUUUGAGGACUGCCUCAAAGGGUUCCAGUCUACUCCCACCGGAAGAAUGCCAGGCAGCAUAGAACAUCUAGUGCCCUGGCUAUAAUAAAAUAUCAUCACAUGUUGCAUGGAUGGACGUCAUUUUAUUUGCCACAAUAAAUAAAGAAAUUCUCAUAUAAGUCUAGGUGGAACCAUCUUACUUUAUGUCAAGAUAAGAACAUUCAAUCAUUCAUUAUGUAACCAUGAAGAAGUGUUUUACACCCAUUUUAAAUGACACAUGAGCAUAUAUAGAAUGUGACUUGAUUUAUCUUUUCUAAAGUCUACUAUUCCCUAAGUUAAAACAUCCCCAACUUUUUGGGGAUUUUUCACAAGAUCAGAACAUAAAGAGCUGUGAAACACCUUUUAAAUGAAAUUAGGGCAUAAAGCUGAUCAAUCUUCAGAAAGUUGUAGAGAAGACCAUGUCCUAAAAUGGACUAUAAUCACCUAUUUAUUCACACAGUUCCAGACAUUCCAUACCAAAUGUUAUGUGCUUGAUAAAUUAUGCAUCUCAAAAUUGGACGAAGAUAUGCCCCCUGAAACCUAACUUAACACUAGAUCGAGUCCCCGAGCUGACAAGGUCAAAUCUGUCGUUCUGCUCCUGAACAAGGCAGUUAACCCAAUGUUCCUAGGCCGCCAUUGUAAAUAAGAAUUUGUUCUUAACUGACUUGCCUAGUUAAUAACACUCUUUUGGGUUAAACAGCCCUGGCCUGGACCACAGGUAUAGUUAUCCUUGCCCUACAACAUCCCCAGGACAUACUUAUCCCUCCUCCGGCUCUCUACCUCCUCAGAGGAACACUGGUUUAGUCCAUGACUUCAUAGGUGGAUUUACAGUCACUUGUGGUCUUCUGAAUACUUUUACAAUGAUCUAUUAAUCGCCCCAAAGAUAUGCAUACAAUGUGUUUGGCUCAGGAGCAGACUGGAGUAAUGGGGAAGGUAUGUUUUUGCAGCUGAAAGAUUCCAAACCUGAUUUCUUAAGGGUUGAAUUCUUGCCCCCUCCACACCCCUCAACAGACUGCAUAGUUUCACUUCCAGGGCUCAGGUAUGCACACAGUAGGGAUUACACUGUGGCCUUGUCAUCUUAAUACCUACCUAAAUCCCAUCAUUCAGCAGGGAUUUAAAGCAUCAUUUGUCCUGUAUUCAUUGGCGGUGUGUUUUACCACGUUGACUAUUCAUUGAAUUUGGAAUUCUCUCCAGGUGUGUAUUAUUCCUUUGUACAACUACAUAAUUAUAUAGAACAAUACAUUUCCAGUAGCUACUGCUGUAAAAUACAAAACAAGAUAUGAAGUGUCUUAACGUUACAGUAGUUAAUAGCUUAACACUUCCUUGUAUUCACUGGAAGCAUUUAUUCUAAGGUACAUUAAACAGUAGGUAUUCAGUCUCAAAAUGAAAAGACUAAUGUUAUUUGGGUUUUCCAGUCCAAAAGGUUAUUUGGGUUUUCUUGUCCAAAAGUUGUUUUUUCUCUCCAGUUUUUUGUUUGUUUUUCAGACAAGGGUUUUAUUUCAUUUGUUCAGUUUUAACUUUGUGUAUAUUUUAUGUAUAAAAUAUUUUUAUAGCAUUCCUUCCACUUCCUUUUUCAACCUCGUUUAUUUAAUUGAAUACCAAAGGCAUUAGAGAACGGGCUGUAAUUCUGCAAUAGUUUCAUUGCUUUGUUAGAAGGGAGGUUUCUGACAUCGUAGGGAGCAUCAGCUGGGUUCUAAUGACACCCAACCUGCCAAAGCAAACGGUCUCUUCCCAAAGCCACCACUCUGGGUCUCCAGGUCAUUCAAUCCUCAAACGCCAACCGGCGUUAACUUUGUAUCCAUUUCCUCUAACAUAAGCCAUUUUAUAUUUGACAUUUUAUUAUUUAGUUAUAGUUGUGAAUUUGGGGGCUUGUCCCACUCUGGUCCUAAAGGCAAUUAAGUAAUGCACUUGCCAACUUUUGCUAUUACACUUUGGAUGCCCAUUUCUGACACCAAAUGUUGUAAAUUCAUGGGUUAGCCUUCUGGGACUUGCAUUUGUCAGUCCAAUACCUUUGCCAUUAAACCAAGAGAGGUCCAAACCUCUUGACAAGGUUGUUAGGUGUUGUAUUGAGAAUGUUAGAAUCGCUUCUAUACAAAGUCUGUCACAGUUGAGACUAUGAAAUAUCGAAGCUAUAAUGUACAUUCGUCUGGCAGAUCAGCUCCUGUUUUCAAUAUUUCUCAUAAUCUUGUGAUCUGUCUAAUGGUAGAGAGCUGGUUGCCAUUUUAUGUCAUCGUCUGACUAUUGACAUCUGUUUUUAACAUAUUUAGUUUAAAUGAAAAUCAUAACAGGAGCAGACACACCUAAUACUUGUGUUUUCUCCUGGUAAUCACACCCUGCUGCUGUUGGUUCAACUCACUCUUUAAUAAUGUGAAAUGUUGAUGCUUUGAACCUCAGAUAAGCUAAAGCCUUCAAGCGUACGGUGGUGGUUGCUUUUGGAAACAGGCUGCAUGUAACUUUCUUGUAUUUUGAACCAUGUCGGUAUUACUGAUGCCUUAGUCAUUUGAAUGGAUAAAAAACACAUGAAUGUAUUACAGGACACCAGUGGAGGCUGAUGAGGGGAGGACGGCUCAUAAUAAUGGCUGGAACGGCACAAAUGGAAUGGCAGAUAACACAUGGAAACCAUGUGUUUGAUAUGAUUCUGUUCUGUUCCAGCCACUACCACGAGCCCUCCUCCCCAAUUAAGGAGCCACCAACCUCCUGUGCAGUACACUGUAACAUUUGUCUUACACUACUUAUAUCACAGGCUGUUUGGUGUUCCCUGUAUUGCACAUGAGUUUGGUGGCACCUUAAUUGGGGAGGAGGGGCUCGUGGUAAUGACUGGAGCGGAUUAGGUGGAAUGGUAUCAACACAUCAAACACAUGGUUUCCAGGUGUUUGAUACCAUUCCAUUACUUCCGUUCCAGACAUUAUUAUGAGCCAUCCUCCCCUCAGCAGCCCCCACUGAUGUAUUGUGCUCUAGCAGUGGGUCACACCUACAACAAGGUAGAUCACUUUUCAUGACUGCAUUAGAGAAUGCCAUGAAUCUGAAUUAUUUUAAGAGCUUUGGAAAGCACCUUUUGAAGAGUGGGAAAGACAGAAAUGAACACAGUGAGUGGGGCACUGGAGGAUGAGGAGGGAGGGGGAGAGUGUGUGUGUUUGAGGGAGAGUGUGAGCAGGAGGGAGAGGGAAAAGGAGGGAGGGAGGAAUAUAAGAGACACGGCAAUAGAGGGGAAGGUAAUACAGCGGAGAACUUCCCUGUCAGGCUCACCAUGUUUCUGCUGCAGACUGUGACUGUUAUUUCUCUGACUGUCGUUCUCCUGGACGCAGUGGAAGGUGAUGGGGUACAGAUGCAGAGAGACGUUCAGUGCUGUAUGCAGUACUCCCAGGGGAAUGUGCGCACCAAAGACGUGCUGAGGUUUGAAGUGCAGACGGAGGGGCCAGACUGCAGCAUACAAGCCAUCAUACUGUACACCAAGAAGGCGGUGAAGUGUGCUGACCCCAGAGAUAGAAGGGUCAAGAGGUUACUGAGGAAGCUGCUCCAGAGACAGAGGACCAAAGCACAUAGGACCAUGUGGCUCCACCCUCAUGGCAACCUGCCAGUCAUGUCAGAGGCCAAGUAAACUUCCAGCGGCUUCUCAUCCUAACUCGGCCAAGCUUGCUGACUCUCCAGUCGUCUCGUGUCACUAUCUAUCUGGCUGGGAGUGUGUAGUGGCUGAGCUGUCAUCGCCAUACAUUGCGGAGUCCCUGAGAGGUUUUGAUAUAUAGCUAAAUGUCUUUUACACACUGUCGCUAACUAUGCCAAAGUAUUUGCCAAGUAUUUCUGAUUACUCUUUAUUCCGAGAAACUGGUCUUCACCAUCUAUGUAUGGCUGUUCAACUUCAUAGACGGCUUGUUCUCGCCUGAAACACAAUGUCAUUUAGAAAAUGCACUGUAUGUUUAAACACAUCUUCAGUGGAUCUUUUAUAAAUAAAUUAACCUGGAAGAGUUA